UCCGCUUUAGUCUUGCGCUGUCUUGUGCCUACUUUGCCGCGGUCGCAAAUCUAGAAGUCGCCUCUCGAUAUCUGGAAUAUUCAAAAUGAUUGUUCCUAUCCGUUGCUUUUCUUGUGGCAAGGUCACCGGCGACCUCUGGGAGAAAUACAUGUCACUUCUUAGCGACGGCAUGGAAGAAGCUGAAGCACUCGAUAGUGUCGGUCUUCAGCGUUACUGCUGCCGCCGUAUGAUCCUCACCCACGUCGACCUGAUCGAGAAGCUCCUCAAGUACAACGCCAGCGAACGAGAACAAGCCCGUGCGGCCCGCGGAGGCCGGUAGUCGCCAGACGAUGUAAACGAACAACUUGGAGUUUGGGUCGGGCAUGCAUUUUCAUGGCAGGGCGUUUUUUAGGAUGAAACACAUUAGUUUGCGCCGGGAGGCUUUUCAAAUAUGGCUUAGAAAUUUCAUGGCAUGAAGCGUGAGAGCGGCACGAGGGCCGUGUUGAGCCAGUUACACGCCCAAUAGGAUCUAUACAAGCCAUCUCAGACAUUUGAUAUCUCAAACUAGC